AAGAGGGACAAUUUUACCACACCUAUUACAAACAGAUUCUAUCUCUACACAAUUGAUCUUGGGGUUGGUUCUGACAAACAACCAAUAACUGUGCACGUUGACACGGGAAGUUCAGACUUUUGGGUUGUGUCUAUAGAUACUCAAUGUGCUAGCAGUUCCUGUUUUUUCCUUGGUGCUUUUGACAAUUCUACUUCCACGACAUUCAAGAACUUAAAUCUUCCUUUCGAUUUAGGCUAUCUUGAUCAACAAGGGGUUGCAGGAGUUUACGUCACUGAUGAUGUAACUCUUCCAGGCGAUGUAACUGUCAAAAAUCUCCAAUUUGCUGUUGCCCGUCAAACUACUCGUAAUUUUGGAGUUCUUGGACUUGGUUUGAUUACUGAAGAAGCUAUGUACUAUAAGAAUCUUCCAGGCGUUGAGCCAUAUCCAAAUCUUCCUUUUCAAUUGAAGAACCAAGGUUUUAUUGGUAAAGCCGCCUACUCGUUAUACUUGAACGGUCCACAAACAGAUCUGGGGUUGAUUCUUUUCGGAGGAAUUGACCAAGCCAAAUAUGAAGGGCCAUUGACCACAAGAAAGGGCUACAGUACUUUGAGGUUGGGAAUUACUGCAGACACGAUAUCUGUAAACGGACUGGAUAUCAAUUUCGAUACAGUCGUUGUUUUUGAUUCUGGCUACAGCUUCUCAACAUUACCCCAAGGUGUCCACGAUGCCAUCCAAAAGCAAGUUCAAAACCCAGAUGGUAGUAUCAAUUGUAACCAGCCUGACGAUUCUUACUUUUCAGUGCACUUUGGUGAUACCAACAUCAAGGUUCCCUACUCUAGUGUUGUCUUCAACCAGAAUGGGCAAUGUACCUUCACCAUCGGGGUCUCUACCGGUGGCCUCAACAGUAUGGCUACAUUGGGGGACGAUAUUUUGAGACAUGCAUAUGUGGUUUACGAUCUUGAAGCUAAUACUAUUGGCGUUGCUCAAGCAAAAUACACAGAUGAUAGUGAUAUU